AGGGAUAUCGAUCCUGCUAUCCUUUGGAGUUAGGUUGCAGACUCACUUUGAAAAGACUUCUUGAAAGGGGGAAAGAUCGAAUAAGAGAUGGAACAGAAGAGGAGAGGGGUUCGGUUGGUGCUAUUCCCUUGCCCAUUACAAGGCCACAUAAACCCCAUGCUCCAACUAGCCUCCAUUCUCUACUCAAAGGGCUUCUCUAUCACCAUCAUCCACACUCGCUUCAACUCUCCCAACUCCUCCAAUUUCCCUCACUUCACCUUCAUUCCCAUACCCGACGGCAUAUCAGAUUUGGACCCAAACUCCAUUUCAUUAGCCCAUCUUUCACUCCUUAACAUCAACUGUGUAGUUCCACUUCGAGAUUGCUUGCUUCGGUUGUUAUCUAAUCAUAAUAUUACUACUAGUUCUGCAGAAGCAGAGCCCAUUCCUUGUCUCAUCUCUGAUGCUAUCAUGCACUUCACCCAAGGCGUCGCCGAUAGUCUUAACCUUCCAAGGCUUGCGUUACGGACCAGCAGUGUCGAAUCCUUUCUUUCCUUCGCCGCUUUUUCAGUUUCAUGGCAGAAAAAUUGCCUCCCAGAUUCUCAGUUGGAGACGCCAGUAACAGAGCUUCCACCUCUCAUAGUGAAGGACCUGCCGAUGAUCAACACGUUUACCCUAGACUGCAUGUACCAAUUGCUGGGGAGCAUGGUCGAUCAAGCCAAGGCCUCAUCUGGCCUUAUUUGGAACAGCUUUGAUGACCUUGAACAGUCAGCACUGGCAACACUUUCUCAACAAUUUCCAAUCCCAGUGUUCACAAUAGGCCCAUUUCAUAAACUCUUCUCAGCUUCUUCCAGUAGCUUAUUGACCCAAGACCACAGCUGCAUCGCUUGGCUAGAUACACAACCACCUAAGUCUGUAAUCUACGUCAGCUAUGGCAGCCUAGUCAGCAUUGAUGAGGCUGAAUUUGUGGAGAUGGCUUGGGGUCUAGCCAACAGUAAUUGUCCCUUCUUGUGGGUGGUUCGAUCCGGUAUGUUCCAUGAUUCAGAACGAGUUGGACCAUUGUGGCCUGAUGGGUUCCUAGAAACGAUUAAAGGAAAGGGUUGUAUUGUGGAAUGGGCCCCACAACAGGAUGUGUUGGCUCAUCCUGCGGUUGGAGGGUUUUGGACCCACAAUGGUUGGAACUCUACGUUGGAGAGUAUAUGUGAAGGGGUACCAAUGUUGUGUUUGCCUUGUUUUGGAGACCAGAGUAUGAAUGCGAGGUUGGUGAGCCAUGUGUGGAUGGUGGGGUUGCAAUUGGAGAAUAAAUCGGAGAGAGGGCAGAUUGAGAGAAGCAUAAGAAGAUUAAUGGUUGAGAAAGAAGGAGAGGAGAUGAGAGAGAGGGUUGCGUCUUUGAAGGAGAAGGCAGAAGUUUGUGUGAAUAAAGGAGGUUCUUCCUGUAAGUCUCUAGAGGACUUGAUGGCUCGCAUCUUGUCAUUUUGAAUUUUGAAGACUUUUGUGGACUAACUUCUCCAUGGUGUGCUUGAUUGUCUUAUUACCGAAUCUGUUUCAUUUUCAACCUGUAAUAUCGACUUUUUUAUUUUUAGUAGAAUAAUAUCAAAGACCUUACCUGCU